AUGUAUAAAUAUUGUAUAGUGCCGAAAUGUACAAACACUUCUAUUAAAACACCAGAAAAACUAUUUUUUAACGUACCGAAAGACCCCAACUUCGUAGAAAAAUGGUAUUCCAUUGUAAAAAGAGAUGAUAAAACUACACCCUCUGCCCAGGCUACAAGAAAUUGCUGUGAAGAUCACUUCGAUUUAGAAGAAGAUAUGGAAAAUUACGUAAAGUUUAAGUUACUUGGAGAAAAGCUUAAACUGAAGAAGAGAGUUUUGCCUCAUAAGUUUGAAUGCCAAAAGCCCCAAAAAAAGAAAAUUGACCGACCGGGUUUUAAAAAACGACAAGACAUAGAAUAUUUUGAAAGAGUUUUAAGUAGAGAUAUUGGACAAGAAGACCUGUUGUUGCAUUCCAUUGAAGUAGUAGAGUGUGAGAAUCAAGACUCAAAUAACCUAAGCACCUAA